AUGGAUUCAAAGAUCGUUCGUGUGGGAAUUAUUGGAUGCGGCGAGAUAGCCCAAGUGGUCCAUAUUUCGGUAUUGGACCAUCUCUCCCAUCUCUUCCAGAUCACCUAUCUGUGUGAUGUCUCGCAAUCAGCGCUGGCUCAUUGUCAAUCCAAAGUCAGUGGAGUAAAGCCGCAGACAACCCUCAACGCAGAAGAGUUGUGCGCAUCGCCGAUGGUGGACGUCGUCUUCGUGAUCAACAGCGACGAGUACCACGCUGCCCAUGCGAUCUUGGCUCUGCAGCAUAACAAGCAUGCAUUUAUUGAAAAGCCGAUGGCACUCAACGACCGUGAUGCGGAUGCUUUGAUCAGUGCCGAGCGAGCAUCCUCGGGUCGUGUGAUGGUUGGGUAUAUGCGGCGUUAUGCACCGGCCUUCCUCGAUGCUGUCAAGGAGAUUGGUGGAAUGGACAAAAUUCUAUAUGCCAGAGUCCGAGAUAUUAUUGGGCCCAAUUCUACUUUUGUGGAACAAUCUGGCACUUUUCCCUUCCGCGCCACUGAUUUCAAUGAGAAAGACACUCAAGAUAAGACGACAUGGGCUACCGAUAUAGUCCGUCAAGGCUUAGCAGAGGCUGGCCUGGAGAACUUUGAUGAUUCCAUGGCGACAAUGUGGAGGGUGCUUGGUGGCCUCGGCUCUCACGAUCUGAGUGUGAUGAGAGAAGCUUUGGGAAUGCCCACUGGAGUGAUCGGAGCUUCUUUGAAGAUGCCUUUCUGGAGCGCCAUAUUUCAAUAUCCCUCUUUCACAGUGACAUACGAGUCGGGUAUAGACUCGGUCCCACGCUUUGAUGCCCAUCUAGAGUUCUACAGCGCGGAAAAGACUGUGCGUGUCCAAUACGACUCCCCAUACGUCAAGGGACUACCAACCACAAUGCAUGUGGUGGAGAAUGUGGAUGGAGUAUACCGAGAGAGCACCAUCCGGAAAACCUAUGAGGAUUCAUACACUUUGGAACUCAAGGAGUUGCAUGCAAUUGUAGUCGACGGGGCUCCCAUUCGGACAACUGCGCAAGACGCGAAGGAGGAUUUGAAGAUAUUUAGAAUGCUAGUUAAGGCGGCUGAAAGGAAGCUCUAG